AUGUCUGGAAGAGGCAAGGGAGGAAAGGGUUUGGGAAAGGGUGGAGCAAAGCGUCAUCGCAAAGUUCUGAGAGAUAACAUUCAAGGAAUCACCAAACCUGCUAUUCGUCGUCUUGCUAGACGUGGUGGUGUGAAGCGUAUAAGUGGUUUGAUCUAUGAAGAGACUCGCGGUGUUCUCAAGAUCUUUCUCGAGAAUGUUAUCCGUGAUGCUGUCACUUACACUGAACACGCUCGCCGUAAAACAGUGACUGCUAUGGAUGUUGUUUAUGCACUCAAGAGGCAAGGAAGGACCCUUUACGGGUUUGGGGGUUAG